AUGUCGUGCUACUGCGUCGAAGAAGUCGACCUCGACAUUUUUCGUGGCGUAUUCAUAGAGCAAUGGCUAAGCGGUAAGAAACAUAGCGGUUCUCAGGAGGCGCUCUUCUUCUGCACAACAUGCGGUCCGCCAGCGGUGCAGGAGUCGAUAAAGGGCUCCUCUGGUAGCGGCAGCAGCAGCGGCGCGAACCGGCGUAGCACCUAUACAGCGAAGAGCUGCACCCCAGAGAAAAAGAGUUCAUCCGGCAAGUCCACGUUUGGCAGCACGUUGAAGAAACUCUUUACCUUGUCCAAGAGCAGCUCAAAAGCGGACCUGAGCACCAUUUCGUCGAGGCAGCACUCUAGCUGCCACGCACAUGAGCACAACACCCGAAUCAUAUCCGCAGAGGAGGAGGAACUCCCGAUCACACCGCGGACGGAUAAGGAGCUGUACCUGUGCGUGACCUGCGGCUCGUGCUACUGCCGCGAUCACGCUUUCGAUCACCACUACAGCCGUCAGCAGCGCAGCACCGUGGCGGGCGGCGACGACCUCGAAGCGCCGCAGAAGGGUUACCCGUACCACUCCUUCUUCAUCGGCGUCCCCAGCUUCGUGAGCACCCACCCUUCCCACAUACUACAGGAGACGUCGUGGGGACUGCUUUUCCCCACUGUGACGGUGCGUGAGAUCGAGGAGGGUACGGUAGACUUGUCGAAGCCGCUCCCCUUCUACGAGCAUUUCGAAGAGAUCUGCGACAGCGGCGCUGCCUGCGAGACGGGUGCCUUUCAACCGAACAGCAGCAUGACCUCCACCAGUCACAGCUUCAACCGCGGCAGGAACACACUCGGCAUUUCCUCCAGUGGGAUGCACACACGCGUUCACAGCGGGUACAGCAGCAGUGGCCCCUUCGACGGGUCACUUCGGCUACACUCAAAAUCGAACAGCUACGUGGAUAGAAGGGAAGACCGCCUCCCGACGCGCCGAUCUGCCCUGCUUACCCCCGUCGGGGCCCACAAAAUCCUCUCUCUGCCAGAGUUUCACUCCUCGCCGCCUGAGAACUGGUCAUAUCUCAUGUUCUGCGCCAGAUGCGCCGACCGGCAGGCGGUGAGACUGAAUGGCAAGCAGUGCGACAACGACAUCUCGCGUCAUGUCCACCUGCGCCGACUGGGACAGCUCACGGCUCUGCUCGCGUACUUUCUGCUUCGUGGUGUGCGUCUCGAAGUGCCUGUGCAGUUUUUGGAGUACUCCGCAAAAAAGCACGUGGAGCAGGUGGAGCGGCAACGCAGCCAGAAGCGCGCACACAAGUUGGCUGAGAUGCAGCGUGUCGGCCGCGCCUCGGAGCUCGUCGGCGGCCUCGAAGUGAUGGCAACGACGGGCGCGAGGCAUGCAGGCACCACCGGCGAUGGUGCGGAUAUGUCACCGGCAGGGGCGAACGCAGCGGGUGACUUUGGCCUGCUGUCACGCACAGAGACAGACCACGUCAUCACCCGUGCGGCGAUCUGCGGCUUCUCGAAUGAGAGCUACUUUUGCUACAUGAACUCGGUGCUGCAGUGCUUGCUGCGGUGCCGCAUCUUUGCGAACCCACUGCUGCGCCUCGACCCGCCCAAGAGCCCUGGAAAGCUCACGGCAUCCAUGUCACGCCUGCUGCACCACUUGGCACAUCAGACGUAUCAGGACGUGCUCAACGGUGCCGUCUUCGCGUUCGUGCGCUCGCUGCGAACGCAGAUUGGCAACAUCAACGUGCUCUUCGAAGAGGAUGAGCAGCAGGAUGCCCAAGAGUUUCUUAUCACGCUGCUCAACGGCAUCGAGGAUGAGUUCGACAAGGGAAGGAGCGAAGAGGAGAAGAGGGCGUCGCGCCGUGUUAGCUUCGAAGGCACGCUUCUCUCCGAGGUGAUCUGCUCCCAAUGCAAGCACUGCGUCCCGCGUAACGAAAUGUUCAUGUCACUUUCCAUCCCCAUCGAGAAAAGCAUCGAGGACGGUAUUGCAUCGCUCUUCGCGCCGACCACGCUGCGCGGCAAGGACCGCUACGCAUGCGAGGGCUGCUUCAUGAAACUGUCGCAGAAAGAGCAGCAGGGGCACAACGCCCUCGCCGCAGUCCAGGCUGAGGCAGAGAGGAAGGCCAAGUUGAAUGGGAAGAAGCUUACUCAAGCGCAGAUAGAGGAGCGCGUGUAUGCCAACGCGCUCUACAGCGAGGCCGAGGUACGCACCUCGCUUUCCCACCUCGGUGGCAGCCUUGCGGUGCAUCUUCUGCGCUUCCACUACGACCCGACGGUACAGGACUUCAUCAAGGUGCUCACACCGGUGCGCAUCUCGCUCACCCUUGACCUCACCCCGUAUGCCAGCCGCGAAGUUGUGGAGGCCUACAGGCGUAUGGAGAAGAUUCAUCUCUUGCAGCGCCGCUUCCCGACCGCACCAGAGAAGCUGAUUAGCAAGUACCUGCGCCACGCCAAGGAUGAUGUCAAGCUGACCACGCAGAGGAUGCUGGAUGACGGUCAUGGGAUCGCCGAGGCGGCGCACUCACGGCAGAGUAGCAGCACUGGCCUCAGCCGCAUCCACACUGGGGUGGGGGUAGGCAACGUGGUAGGUGAUGACGCGUCUGAGGAUGUGGCUGGCGUCGGCAGCGUCUUUGGCGACGCCUCUGGCUGCACCUCAGGCGGCACCUCCUCUUUGACUGCGACGCCGGUCAGCAACCCCAACAGGGAUCGCGGCAACUUUGCCAAGGUGGCGGCCAAGCCUUGGACGAUCACUAACGGAGGCGCUGGCAAGGCUAAACCGUCAGAUCCCGCUGCUAAGAUUUGCGCAAUCACGAGAGACGAAUUUGAUCCCUUUGGUGAGCGCACCCUUCCGAAGCCAUCGUUGGUGCGUCAGCUGGUGGGCAUCGUUACGCAUCGAGGCUCGCUGCACGGGGGCCACUACAUUGCCUAUGUGCGCCACCUCACUCGCCCACAUGUAUGGUUCCGUUGUGACGACGAGGACAUCGACGUGGUGGAGGAGAAGCACGUGCUCGAUCACGAGGCUGAGGUGUACCUCGCCUUCUACGAGUAG